UCCUGCUGAGAGUGUGCCAGGCUCAUCCGGAGUCAAGGUAUCAUCCUUGCCAGCACAGCCUGAUGCUGCCCUCCGUCAGGCCCCAAGACUCACACCUGCCGACCCGCCCCAAGUCUUGCUGUGGCAGGAGCAUGGGGCCCAGGAGCCACCACUUCAGCCUCGGCUUCUCGGUCUCCAGCCUGGGCCUUCUGUUUCUGUUCUCACUGUUUCCAGAGUGCUUGGGCGCCGAGGGCAAGCUGGCUCACAAACUCUUCCGUGAUCUCUUUGCCAACUACACAAGUGCCCUGAGACCCGUGGCAGACACAGACCAGGCUCUGAAUGUGACCCUGGAGGUGACACUGUCCCAGAUCAUCGACAUGGAUGAGCGGAACCAGGUGCUGACCCUGUACCUGUGGAUCCGACAGGAGUGGACAGAUGCCUACCUACGAUGGGACCCCGAUGCCUACGGUGGCCUUGACGCUAUCCGCAUCCCCAGCAGUCUCGUGUGGCGACCAGACAUCGUACUCUACAACAAGGCGGACGCGCAGCCGCCGGCCUCCGCCAGCACCAACGUGGUCCUGCGGCACGACGGCGCCGUGCGCUGGGACGCGCCGGCCAUCACGCGCAGCUCGUGCCGCGUGGACGUGUCGGCCUUCCCGUUCGACGCGCAGCGCUGCGGCCUGACGUUCGGCUCCUGGACGCACGGCGGGCACCAGCUGGACGUGCGUCCACGCGGCACCGCCGCCAGCCUGGCCGACUUCGUGGAGAACGUGGAGUGGCGCGUGCUGGGCAUGCCGGCGCGGCGGCGCGUGCUCACCUACGGCUGCUGCUCGGAGCCCUACCCCGACGUGACCUUCACGCUGCUGCUGCGCCGGCGCGCCGCCGCCUACGUGUGCAACCUGCUGCUGCCCUGCGUGCUCAUCUCGCUGCUCGCGCCGCUGGCCUUCCACCUGCCGGCGGACUCGGGCGAGAAAGUGUCGCUCGGUGUCACAGUGCUGCUGGCGCUCACCGUCUUCCAGCUGCUCCUGGCCGAGAGCAUGCCGCCGGCGGAGAGCGUGCCGCUCAUCGAGAGGCAUCACGACACAUCUAGAGGGAAGUACUACAUGGCCACCAUGACCAUGGUCACAUUCUCCACAGCGCUCACCAUCCUUAUCAUGAACCUGCACUACUGUGGUCCCAGCGCCCGACCAGUGCCGGCCUGGGCUCGGGCCCUCCUGCUGGGACGCCUGGCACGAGGCCUGUGCGUGCGGGAACGAGGGGAGCCCUGUGGGCAGUCUAGACCACCUGAGUCACCCCCUAGUCCCCAGCCUCCUAACGGAGGUGCUCGCCCUCCAGCAGUUCCUUGCCGUGAGCCACAGUGUCUGUGCCGUCAGGAAGCCCUCCUGCGCCAUGUAGCUACCAUUGCUAACACCUUCCACAGCCACCGGGCUGCCCAGCGCCGCCAUGAGGACUGGAAGCGACUGGCCCGUGUGAUGGAUCGCUUCUUCUUGGGCAUCUUCUUCUCCAUGGCCCUGGUCAUGAGCCUCCUGGUGCUGGUGCAGGCCCUGUGA